GUAAUACCAAAAGGUCAUUACAGUCAUUUGAAGGGUACCCUCGAGACUAUUUCUGUGUUGGCUACCAUGAAAAAGCUCACAUGCCUCAACAGUCAACAACACCACCGUAAAUUGAUCUACCCCGAUACCAAUUUGAUAAAUGCGAAAGAUUAGCCUUUCCUUGCAUUAAGCACAAGUUAAAACAGUGAGCGUUACCACAUUUCAUUUACAAGUGCAAAAGAAAAUUUCAAAAAAAUCCUUUCCUUUUACCGGAUAUAUACACAUCACCACAUUUGUUAAUAUUCAAUUGGCGAUACUAUAUUCUUUCAUUGCACUAACCAACCAGUCUCCUUUAUCAUCUCUCCAUCUCAUCAUCCUCCUCCAUUUCUCUCCCAUUUUUUCUUCUGUGUAUCUGCGGGAGAGAGUGAAAUAGAGAGAUGGAAGCUGUGAUUCAAACCAGAGGGCUUCUCUCUUUACCCACCAAACCCAUCGGAGUGAGAAGCCAACUUCAGCCUUCCCAUGGCUUAAAGCAGAGACUUUUCGCCGCGAAGCCAAGAAAUCUACAUGGGUUGUCUCUAUCCUUUAACGGGCACAAGAAAUUUCAAACCUUUGAGCCAACCCUGCAUGGGAUUUCGAUUUCCCACAAAGAGAGAAGCACCGAGUUCAUAUGCAAGGCGGAGGCCGCGGCUGCUGGCGACGGAGCUGUCUUCGGCGAAGGCGAUUCCGCAGCUGUUGUAGCCUCGCCGAAGAUUUUCGGUGUGGAGGUUGCAACCUUGAAAAAGAUUAUCCCUUUAGGAUUGAUGUUCUUUUGUAUUCUUUUCAAUUACACAAUUCUGAGGGAUACAAAGGAUGUCUUGGUGGUGACGGCGAAAGGAAGUUCUGCUGAGAUUAUACCUUUCUUGAAGACUUGGGUGAAUCUUCCUAUGGCCAUUGGGUUUAUGCUCCUCUACACUAAACUCUCCAAUGUUCUCUCCAAGAAGGCUCUGUUUUACACUGUUAUUGUCCCUUUCAUCAUCUACUUUGGGGCCUUUGGUUUCGUCAUGUACCCUCUCAGCAACUAUAUUCACCCGGAAGCUCUCGCAGAUAAGCUCCUUACAACCCUCGGCCCAAGAUUCAUGGGUCCUAUUGCAAUAUUGCGGAUUUGGAGUUUCUGUUUGUUUUAUGUUAUGGCUGAGCUUUGGGGUAGUGUGGUGGUCUCAGUUCUCUUCUGGGGCUUUGCUAAUCAGAUCACAACUGUGGAUGAAGCCAAGAAAUUCUAUCCUUUGUUCGGACUUGGAGCCAAUGUUGCACUGAUUUUCUCAGGAAGAACCGUGAAAUACUUCUCUAACUUGAGAAAGAAUCUUGGUCCUGGAGUUGACGGCUGGGCAGUUUCGUUGAAAGCCAUGAUGAGCAUUGUGGUGGGAAUGGGACUCGCCAUUUGUCUCCUCUAUUGGUGGGUCAAUAGAUAUGUUCCUCUUCCAACCCGUAGCAAGAACAAGAAGGAGAAACCGAAGAUGGGAACGAUGGAAAGCUUGAAGUUCUUGGUAUCAUCACCAUACAUUAGAGAUCUUGCUACUUUAGUGGUGGCAUACGGUAUUAGUAUCAAUCUUGUGGAAGUCACAUGGAAAUCAAAGCUUAAAGCUCAGUUCCCUAGCCCGAAUGAGUACUCAGCAUUUAUGGGAGACUUCUCAACCUGCACGGGUGUUGCAACAUUCACAAUGAUGCUUCUCAGCCAAUACGUAUUCAAUAAGUAUGGUUGGGGAGUAGCUGCAAAGAUCACCCCAACUGUUCUGCUAUUGACUGGUGUUGCGUUCUUCUCUCUAAUAUUGUUUGGCGGCCCAUUCGCACCACUUGUUGCCAAGCUUGGUAUGACACCGCUACUUGCAGCUGUGUAUGUCGGUGCCCUUCAGAAUAUCUUCAGCAAGAGUGCCAAGUACAGCUUGUUCGACCCUUGCAAAGAAAUGGCCUAUAUCCCAUUGGAUGAGGACACCAAGGUUAAAGGCAAAGCUGCGAUUGACGUGGUCUGCAACCCAUUAGGGAAAUCAGGGGGAGCUUUAAUACAGCAGUUCAUGAUCUUAUCCUUUGGAUCACUAGCGAAUUCAACGCCGUAUCUAGGAAUGAUCUUGUUGGUUAUUGUCACUGCGUGGUUAGCUGCAGCUAAGUCGCUGGAGGGACAGUUCAACAGCUUGCGGUCUGAAGAAGAGCUUGAGAAGGAAAUGGAGAGAGCUUCAUCGGUGAAGAUCCCUGUCGUGUCUCAGGACGAAAGCGGAAACGGUUCCCUUGGAGAAUCUCCUAGCAGUUCACCGGAGAAAUCUGCUCCCACCAACUUAUAAAAAGUUUUUUUUUGAUAUUUGGUUUUGUUGGGGGGGAAAGAAAGAAGGAUGAUGAAUCAAAAAUAAGAUUUUGAGAGCAGUCUCUCAAACAAUCGCCCUUUUGCACCACUCACUCUUUAUAGUCUGUAGCUUUUUUUUCCUUACAUUCUUUUCAGUUCAAUGUGGUUUCACGUUCUAAGUUUCUUCCUUGUGUGUAUCGUUGAAGUCAAAAAGAUAAUAGAUUUAGUUCUUCUACUCUCAAACUCAUCAGAGUAAGAAUGAGUGAAGUUGGGUAUCGUUGAGACAAUUGCUUUAUUUCUUCUGAUUAACAUCAAUCGAAUCGAGG